GAACAAAAGCUCCAGCGGAGUCUGGUGGAGGCACUAAGGGAGCAUGGGGUGUUUUGAAUAAUUAUUAAAAUUAGCAUGUGUCUGCGCCAUCCUGUGGGUGUGGCGCACAGCGGAGUGUAAACUCUAGCGGGGCUGGGAGCAAACACUGGAUUAGCGGCAGCAGCCUGCCAGCCUGCCCGAGGAGUGUGAGGACCAGCGCGCGGCACAACGACCGCACGAUGGCCUCGUCUCAAGGGAAGAACGAGCUGAAAUUCGCCGACUGGAUGGCAACUCUGCCGGAGAGCAUCCACAGCAUACCCCUCACCAAUUUAGCCAUCCCAGGAUCUCAUGACUCCUUCAGCUUCUACAUUGAUGAAGCCUCUCCAGUGGGGCCUGAACAGCCAGAAACUGUCCAGAAUUUUGUCUCUGUGUUUGGAACUGUGGCCAAAAAGCUGAUGCGAAAGUGGCUAGCCACUCAAACCAUGAACUUUACCGGUCAGCUGGGAGCUGGGAUUCGUUACUUUGAUCUUCGAAUUUCCACCAAGCCCAGAGACCCUGACAAUGAACUCUACUUUGCUCAUGGUUUGUUCAGUGCCAAAGUCAAUGAAGGUCUUGAGGAGAUCAAUGCAUUCCUCACAGAUCACCAUAAGGAAGUAGUAUUCUUGGACUUCAACCACUUUUAUGGGAUGCAGAAAUAUCACCAUGAAAAACUGGUCCAAAUGCUGAAAGACAUCUAUGGAAAUAAAAUGUGCCCAGCGAUCUUUGCCCAGGAAGUGAGUCUGAAGUACCUGUGGGAGAAGGACUACCAAGUGCUGGUCUUCUACCACAGUCCAGUGGCUCUGGAAGUGCCCUUUCUCUGGCCUGGGCAGAUGAUGCCAGCACCCUGGGCCAACACCACAGACCCAGAAAAACUGAUCCAGUUUCUUCAGGCAUCCAUCACCGAGAGAAGGAAGAAGGGAUCGUUUUUCAUAUCUCAGGUGGUGCUGACUCCCAAAGCAAGCACCGUGGUCAAAGGGGUGGCCAGUGGUCUCAGAGAAACUAUCACAGAAAGAGCUCUUCCUGCCAUGAUGCAGUGGGUCCGCACACAGAAGCCAGGGGAGAGUGGCAUCAAUAUUGUCACUGCCGACUUUGUAGAACUUGGUGAUUUCAUCAGCACUGUCAUAAAGCUCAACUAUGUCUUUGAUGAAGGGGAAGCCAACACUUGAUGGUACUGUUUGGAGUAUCAGUGAAUAAGAAGGAGAAGAUUCAUUGUAUUAGAUGUAUUAUCUAUAAACACUCUGAUCUUCCUAUUCCACUGAGUUUCUGAAGGGAUAAGGGCUGAAAGUGGGUGGGAAAGGGGGAAACCAUUUCUUCAGUGAUUAUUAUCAUACUCUUCAUUACUAUAAAUAUUUCAUUUUCCAUUUGAUAAGCAAAACCUACUUCUAGUGUUAGGGAUUAAAAAAAGACUAGUAAAUUUUGUUUUUCAGAAUUAGUCUUUGUAACUUAUGGGUGUUUACUUGAUUGUGUUUCUGAUUUCAACUUAGGGCUCCAACACUUUCCUCCAAAUGAAACUUUUUGCUCCCUCUCUCGCUCGCUCUUUUUAAUCUGAUGCUGUAUGGGACUUAAAAGUAAUUGAAUGCCCAGCAUAAUGUGUAUUACAUUGUUGUACUGAAAUUUACUUGUUUUGUAGGAUUUGGUAUAACAUUCUGUAGCCUGCAGUCUUGCUAACUUUUGGUCAUAGGUAAUAUGCAUCAAAUUGAUUUCCCUGCAUCAGUAAUACUGGAGGCCAUAAUCAGUAAAUUUUGUGUCAUCUAAAAACAAUAGUGUUUCACAGUAUUUCUAUUGAAGGCAGCUAUAAAUAUAGAAUAAAAAACUUUCGUGGAAGAACAAUUAGUGCCAACUCCGUAUUGAAAAAUGGAGGUGGUGAGGAGAUGGAUAUCACUUUAAUUCUGAAAUCUCCUAAAUAUUGUCUUGAAAAUACCCAGUAAAUGAAAAAUUAUGUGUGUUAAAAUCAGAAAACUCUGUUGGACCUAGAGAUGAUCAUAUUGAAUAAAAUAAGAAAGAGAAGGACAAAUAGCAUUUUAUAUCUCUUAUAUGUGGAAUAAAAAAAAAAGAUACAAAUGAACUUAAACAGAAAAAGGCGCACAGACUUAGGGAUUGAAUUUAUGGUUACAGGGGGAAGGGUGGGGACAGGAGAGAUAGAUUGGGAGUUUGGGAUCAACAUGUACACACCACUAUAUUUAAAAUAAAAUGGCUUUCCAUGGAAAAGUAAGUAAAAGUAAAAUUAUAAAAUAAAAAAAUUAAUUAAAACAAUAGAAUCAGAAAACUCUGAAAAGAACACUUACAAAAGUUCUUCUAACAAUUAACUUGACUAAAAAAAUUAAAAUAAGAAAAGAAAGAAAGAAGUGAAAGGUUCUGCAAGCUUUCCUACCAAAUUAAGAUUUCCCAACAUGUCAUUCUACAUCCCAAAUUUUGAGGAACAUAUUCUGAGAAGCUUCAAUUUGAGUUUUUUUAAAUAAAGUUGAGGAAAAAGGAAGGGUCACAGAAUGAAUGAGAACAAUAUCUUUGAAACUAUGACUGUGACCUCUCCAGAAUCCAUCAAGCAUCUUCAGGAGAUUCUUAAGUCUAUGUGAUUUGAACAGAUUUUGAAAAUCGCUUUGGGGUUCCAUCCAUCUCACCCCAGGGUUAAUUUUGAGGCAGAGGCCAAAGUUUCGCAGCAAGUUUCUGCCUUCUACCAUGUAAUAGUCCACGUGUAUGAGGAAGAAAAAUGCAAUACAACUCUAAGCAUUGCUUCCCCCUUGGUGUCAUUGCGAUAUUUGACAGCUCCAAAUAACCUUAAAAGAGCACAAUAACCCUUUCCUAUAUGCCUCACAGGACUAUUGUGAGGCAUUUAUAAAAAUCUAUAAAAUUUGUUGAAAUUUGUACAAUUCUGAAUUAUUUUAUCUUCAUGUUUAGAAAUAAUCACAGCUCAAUAGUUUCCUGGGGGGAAACAACAUAAUCCAUGUCAAGUGAGACCAUAGAGAAAUAAACGUAUGCUCUCGGUUUUUAAUUAAUUUAAACAUACAACGUGUGGUUUAAUCUCUGAGUCUUAGGUAAGGGAUUUGAUUCCAAGUUUAUGUACAUUAAAAUUAUAAAUAAUUAAGAGUUUAUUAGAAGACUAUAAAUAUUCACUAUCAGAAAAUAGUAUUUACUAACCACUGUGGGGAAUGGAGAGAAAUUGUUUAGACUGAAGAGAACAUUUAUGAAAAGUACACAGCUGUGUUUUGUUGACCAGGUAGCAUGCGUAUAUAUAUGCAACAGAUAUAGUCUCCAUUCCAGUUGUGUGUAUUUGUAUCAGCAAACAAAAUAAACCAAUCUGUACCUACUCCUUGCAAGCGGACAGAUACAAAUACACACAAACACACACAGUCAAGGACAGACACAGUGACAAUUCUUCUUUUCAAGUGAAAACUUUGAUGAUAUUAAAUACUUUAGUUUUAAGACCAAAACCCUUAACAGUGUAUGAAAAAGAGUUGAUGAGAACUUUGAAAGUAGAGUAGCUGAUUAUAUUAAAAUAUUUUUGUACAAAUAGAUAAUAUUAUCUACAAAUAUAGUUUUCUUUCCACUUCCUUUCUCCUUGCAGUUUUAUUGUCUUUCUAUAUCUUUCACCUGCUCUUUUAUGUGCAAUGGAAUAUGAUUCCUUUUAUAAGGACGAUAGCUUAUUGGAAUUAAUGUCCUGUGAAGUUGUUUUUUGGGCAGGUUUUCUCUGACUAUUCAUUAUUCAUCCCUCAGGAGGACCUUUAGCCAAGCAAAUUUACAAUGACACAAGGAUUUAACUUCUAAAUGUAUGAGAAAACAGAUCUUUCAACAUAUUAAUGAAAAAUGAGUAAAAUAUAGAGGUAACUAUGUUGUAUUUUCUUGAACUUAGAUGCUUUCUUAUAAUAUUCGCUUAGAAUUAGCUUUGUCAUAUUUGUCAUUUGGGUGCUGGAAAAAAACAAACAUGCUGAAGCAUUAGAUUAAUCGCACAGUUUUUCAACUGGAGAAAGCAUUUAAUUGCUAUUAAUAAACCUGCACAUAGAGACCUUGUUUGACAAGAGAUAUUUCCAAGCCAAUGUUUGGUUUCCAUGUGGAUAUACAGUAUCUAUGUAGCAGGCACUGGGAGUACAUGGAUUUGCCUUAAUUUCUAAAGGAGGGAAUAGGUAGACGUGAAUCCAGCUAGAGGAAGAGUUCACUAGAAGGGAUUCUUUUGCAAGGAGAAUAGAGAGAAGAUGCCUUUGGCUGUCUUCUGUCCAUUGGCCCUGCUCUGGAACACACCUGGGGAGCAGGCUGUGGGCCUUAAAUAAAGAGGUAAGGGUGAGGACUAGUGGUAUGUGAUUAGAGUUUGCCAUCAGUCUAAGCUCCUUUGUCUUAGUUAGACAUUGUGUUUCCAGAGCAUUUGAGCACAAGGGCUACAAAUAAACCCCCAAAUGGUAGGAGAUAUAUCUUGGUGCACAUUUUGUUUUGCUUAGUUCUUAACUUUUCCAUCAUUAGUCCUGCAAGGAAGAAAAAAAAAACAAACCAGAAACAAAAUCCAACUUUUACCCAAUUAUAGCAGGAAAUCAAAGGGGUGAGUGGCUGAUGAGGGAAAAUAUGCAAAGAGUAUCAUUUUUUGGUUUGCUUUCCUGUCUGUAAUUUUGAAGGCCCAAUAUAGUGAUGACUCCUGCUAUUUCAUCCUUUAUGUCUCCCUAUUACUACACAGUCAUAUGAAUGCAGAGAAUGAGGAGGCAUCUUUUAAAAGCCUUAGGAUACUCUAUAUGAUGACCUCAAUAUUCACUUUCAGCCAUACUAGGAAAACUUACUUUUCAUGGAGCACCACCUAACAGUGAAUGUAUUAGAGCAUAAAGUGUUUGGUAUGUAUGCACCUAUGUGUGUACACACGUAAACACAUGCAAACACACAGAGAGAGCAUGAACAUCUCACACAUUAUUCAAGUGGAAACCACUCUAAUCAAUCAACCUGAUUCUAUUGCAGUUUUAACUCUUAAAAUCAUUAUCUCCUACGUAAGUAGGCACAAACAUAAUUUAAAUAUUUAAGAGGAGAAAAAUCACUAGAAAACCAAUGAAAAAUAAGACCAUCAUAAAUAAGAAAUGCCUAGCAGUGAUAGUCUUAACUAUGUUGUCAGCAACACUUCAAGCUGGAGAAUCAAAGAUGAACUUAAAAAUCAUAAACAAACACACACACAUCUUCUCUUACUGUUGUUUUAAGUUCUUUGAGGCUCUGAGAUGUUUUAGCCAAUGUUACCCAUUCAGGAUCUCCCCUGUUAGGACUCCAGACAGGAAAGGUGGAAGUCUCAGGAAAUGUAUGUUUUCAUGAGUUUUUCAGUUCUGCAAUUUUAAUGAUCCAGCGACACAAACUUCUGACCUUUGGUUGCUCUUUCCAGAUCAGAGCUUCACAGGUGGAGUGCUGCUUUCUGAAUCGCUAAUAGAAAAGAAUGCAUAGUGUCCCUCAAGAUAUGCUAAACAAGGUUUUUUAAAGUGUUUUAUGUUAUAGCACUUUAGUCUUUUCAACUAGAUCUCAGUGACACAAUGGUGUAAAUGCUGUAUUUGCCAUAACUUACUGGUGGCUCCUGUGUUACAUACAGUUUUAAAUAAUGCUUUAAAUUGUUAGUUUUCCCAAUGACAAUGAUCAAAUGUUCUGUGGAAUUUGUAAAACGUGUUGAUUAAGUCUAUUGAAAAUUGUGCACUUUUUAUUUCAUUUGUGAUACUCUUUUAUAGUUAUUAGUUCUAAAUGUGUAUUUGUAUGAGUCAGAAGUAUGUGCUUGUAUGUGGUGUGUGUGUAAGUGUACUUACUAUAUCUUGUACAAAAUCAAACUUAUCCUAAAGAAAAAGGGCACAUUAUGACCAGCCUUAAUACCUUGACAUUUUUGUUACUGUUGCAAUUUGGGAUUAAAAUUUAAAAGGAGAUUAUGUUUUUGUUAAAAACGGCCUUUUUUUUAACCACAUGAGGAAUGUGCUUUAGUACUUAUUUGAGUUCUCACAAGCAAAUAAUGCAGCUUGUGGGAUACCCAAUGCUCUUUAAGUUUCAAACAUCAAUUAAUUUAUUAACUUCAUUAAUGUGCAAAGAAACUAAAUUCAGACUCAUUUCCAUCCACAAGAGAGCCAGUGCACUUCUAAAGUUGUUCUUCCAAACAUGGAACCCAUUUUUAGGGAACCCAAGUUUUCCUUAAAAAAAUGUUUCUCCAAACCAUUACUUUAAAAAAAAAAAAAAAAGUCUUCUCAAGUAUAAUGAACUGCCUUGGCUCUGUGAGAGUCACGAAAGACCCAUCAACAUUAGGUGGUACCAAUGUGAUUCCCUUUGCAAAAAACCAGGAAGCAACACUCCUGAAUUUUUGCUAUCUGCCUAAGUGCAUUCAAAUACUAAUUUAAGGAUCUGCACUGGUGGUCAUGUUCAAAGCAAAACUCUGUAAUCUUUAGGUCUGGGAUCUUGGUACAGGAUAUUAAUCUACCUUCUUUUCUUUUCCUCCAUCUUCAAUUAUUUUUGUCCCAUAUUUAAGAUUGCUAGAUAGAAUACUGGAUACCCAGUGAAACUCAAAUUUCAGAUACACAUGAAUAUUUUUAGUAUAAUAUUUCCCAAUAUUUCAUGAGAUGUACUUAUACUAAAAAUUAUUCAUUGUUUAUCUUAAAUUUACAUUUAAUUGGAUAUUACUGCAUUUUUUUUAAAUCUUAAAUCCCUAUGCAUCCUAUCAUUUUCAGUAGGGCUACCUAUAGGGGAUAACAUCCUACCUCUUUCCACACUCCUGUGUUAAGAUAGUUCAUGAAAAUCAGUAGUCUUAAUUCCCCUCAUGAAGGAAAAUAUUGGCCCAUGCCAAGUCCCAGAAAUGUGUUAUGAAGGGCCAACUGAAAUACAGGAAGAAUAAUCAGGCAAGAACUUUAGUAAGAUCAAUGCCACAGUCACUUGUCUAUUGUGAGAUCCAAGUCUCUCUCCCCACAAUUAAUCCCUAAUGUAACAUUCCCCAAUAAUUUGGGACAACCUGAAACAUACCCAUAUAUUAAAACUGCCCCUGGCGAGAAGUACCUUCUAAUUCAUAUCAGGACCGCUUUAAAAAUUUGUUAUCUUUUUCUUUCAGAGAGGUAACAAACGAAUCCAUUACUCUUCUUAUUAAUGACUUAGCACAGAUUAUUUUUAUCAGAUUAGAUCUGGUCACCUAUGGAAUUGUAGAAAAUUUGACAUAGAAAGGAACUCUCUUGACUGCUGGAGGAAGAGAGGAGUGUCUGAGGUCUGGACACAGCUCUGUCUGUGCCUAUUCAGGAGAUUGGGUGGAAGAGACAGCAGGCGGGAAUGUAGUUCCUGGCAAUGAAGCCGCACCGGCCAGAGAGACUCGUCAAAGCAGAUUAUCACAACCAACACCUUUUCUAAGGAAUUUGAACCCCAACCCAUCCCAGAGAAAGAACCGUGAGACCUAAGGCCAUUUUCUAGACAAAUUUGUAAAGCAUAAAAUGUGUUGAAAUUCCUAAAAUAGAGUUUUCAAAUAUUUCUGAAUCCAACAAUGACUCCUUGGCAGGGUCUGAAUGGGGAUGGAGUUUCAAGACAUUUGGGUAGCUGCCUCCUCUCUUGAAAUUUAUAUAAGUGAUAGGAAAAUCCAAAUCUCUUAAUGUAACAUUUCCAUCUCAUGGCCCCUGCUUCUGCACAUUUCUGUUGAUUUACUUCAUGUCUAAAGGAUGGGAAUUUGCAGAGCUGGUGACAUUUCCUUCAUUAGACACGAGAAAUUCACCAGUGGGAGACCUGUGCCUUCUCUUUUUAGGAUCUGAUCAUUGAUACUUUAAUAAAUGUGAUGUAAAGAAAAUACAUGCCUACAGUUCUGUUUAGCAAAUGAAGUUUUUUUGAUAAUAUUGUGUUCUUAAUGUUAAAAAAAAGUUUCUUUGUAUCCAGUGAAAAGCCUAAUAAAGUCCUGAUACCAGUUG